AUGGGUAAUGGUCAUCGUAAAAAACCUUUUAGUGGAAAACAAAAGAAAAAGCAGCUACUUGAAAAACGAGCGAAAAAUGCUUCUAAGACAAAAGAGGUUUCAGAUAAUGAAGAAUUCGAGGAUAUAGAUAAACAUAUCGAAGAAAAUAAGCAAGUUAAAGGUCCAUCAAAAAGAGAACAAUUAUAUGAUAAUAAUCGAAUCGCUGCUUCUUCUACUCGAAAGCUGAAUAACCCAAGUAAAAGAUUACAUUCAGUUUUCGAAAAAUUAUCAUCAAAAGAGAUCAAGGCUCAACGUAAAGCGAGUAUGAACACUUUCGCUCGCUUACCUUCAACUGUAUUAGAGGUUUCCGUUAAUGAUAUUUACAAAUCCAUCAUUGAUUUUCCAAAACGGCCGUCUUGGAAUUAUGAAAUGACAAAGGAAGAAUUGGAAGCUAAUGAAGAACAUUAUUUUCAACAAUGGUUAGAUGAUGUCUAUGAUAGAUAUCCAAAAGGGGAAUUAAGUUUUUUUGAGCAUAAUCUUGAUGUCUGGCGUCAAUUAUGGCGAGUUCUUGAAAUUUCAGACAUAAUAUUGAUUGUGGUUGAUAUUAGACAUCCCCUGUUACAUUUUCCACCUUCACUAUAUAAUUAUGUUGUUAAAGACAUUAAGCGAAAGAUGCUGCUUGUGGAUUUGGUAGCGGAAAAUACAGUGUAUGCAUGGACUAAAUAUUUUGAAGAACAAUUUCCUGAACUUGGUGUUGUUAAAUUUAGUUGUUAUCCUAGAGAUAAUAAAUUUGUCGAUGACACUUCUACAGCAUUUUUAAAGGAACGAACGAAACGUCCAAAGACAAGACGUUAUCUUGCUUCAGGAAUUAAAGAAUUGCUAAUUGCAUGCGAAAAUAUGAAAUUGGUCAAAGAAGGCGUAGAUGUAAGUUGGAUGGAAUUGGUGGAACAGUAUAAUCGAAGCGCAACAGUAUUUGACGAUAUAAGUGAUAUCAAAGAAGAGGAUGAAAUGGACGAUAAUGAUGAAAGUCGAGAAGAAACAUGUGAUAUUGAAUCACUGGUUUUAGAAGAGGAAAAACAUAUUAAACGUAUUGAAGAUUUGUUAAGAACAGUAGAUAUUCAAGAUACAAAAGUAUAUUCUCAUAACGAGUUAAUUACAAUAGGACUUGUGGGACAUCCUAAUGUUGGGAAGAGUAGCCUAAUAAAUAGUAUACUUGGUAGAACAGUUGUUAGUGUUUCUAAAACGCCAGGGCACACGAAGCAUUUUCAAACAAUUCAUUUAUCAAAGAGUGUUCGUAUUUGUGAUUCUCCAGGAUUGGUUUUUCCAAGUCUUUUACCCAAACAAAUACAGAUAUUAUCGGGAAUGUAUCCGAUUUCCCAAGCCGAGAGAAUUCCUCUAGAAUCAUUACUUAAACUUGAUCCUCCAGAGCAAUUACAAAAUAACGAAUGGUCAGCUUGGUAUAUAUGCGAAGCAUUCGCGAUUAAACGAGGAUAUUAUACAAAGGCAUCCCGACCAGAUGUUUAUCGAGCCGCUAAUGCUAUACUUCGUUUAAUUAAUGAUGGGCGUAUUUUACUUUCUUUUAAACCACCUGGAUUUUUUACAAGCUUAAAAUACUUGAUUUCAAAAAGAGAUGAUGUCGAUUUACAAGUGAAAAAUGAAUAUAAAAAGAAUACGAAGGGAAAAGAUGUGGAAUUUAAAAGUUAUGAUGAUGAAGAGAAAUUUAAAGGAUUUCAUGGUGGUUAUUUUGGAUUUUUGGAAGAUUCUAGUGAUGAAGACGCAAUUGGUUAA